UCUCAGCCGAGGAUCAUUUGCUCGCGAGAGUUCCUCCGACUACCUGCUCACAAGGCUGCUGCAGGAAACUAAGGUAAGAAGAUUGCCGAGACUUAGCUCGACCACACUCCCUGAGGCCCCGCCCCUCCUCUUUGGCCCUCCUCUGGGCACCCCGCCCCAGUGUUGCACGUGCAGUUGUUGUGGUUUACGUCACGUGUUCCCGGAAGUGCAAGACAGGCCCGCCUCAAAGAUGGCGACGCCCAGCGCACGAGGACGUGGUCCGUCUUAGAUCUGACUUGGAUGGUAGCCUUGACGAGGUCUGCGGUACCAUGGACCGGCCAGGAUUCAUGGCGUCGCUGGUGGCUGGUGGAUUAGCAGGGGUUUCUGUUGACUUGAUAUUAUUUCCUCUGGAUACUAUUAAAACCAGGCUGCAGAGUCCUCAAGGAUUUAAUAAGGCUGGUGGUUUUCAAGGAAUAUAUGCUGGUGUUCCUUCUGCUGCUAUUGGAUCCUUCCCUAAUGCUGCUGCAUUUUUUAUCACCUAUGAAUAUGUGAAGUGGUUUUUGCAUACUGAUUCAUCUUCAUAUUUGACACCUAUGAAGCAUAUGUUGGCUGCCUCUGCUGGAGAAGUGGUUGCCUGCCUGAUUCGAGUUCCAUCUGAAGUGGUUAAACAGAGGGCACAGGUAUCUGCUUCUACAAGAACAUUUCAGAUUUUCUCUAACAUCUUACAUGAAGAGGGUAUCCAAGGGUUGUAUCGAGGCUAUAAAAGCACAGUUUUAAGAGAGAUUCCUUUUUCUUUGGUCCAGUUUCCCUUAUGGGAGUCCUUAAAAGUUUUUCCUUGCCAAGCUUUACGUCAAAGAAAGUAUGGGACACACAAUAGAAAAAGAAUGAGAACUCCUCAGCAUACUUGCAUUCAAAUUAUAAAGGUAAGAAGCAACAUUUUCUGGUUUCUAGAGCAACUGAGAGAGUUCCAUAUAGGGAAUGUAAGAAUUGGAAAAGCAUGAAACUCCUACUUUUAGGUGAAAUUCAGUGAGUAAACAAAAUGUUUCAGAAAUGUUUGUGUUUUAUAGUUUGGCCAAGGAAAAGGUAAAUAGAGAUGGUGGAAAAAAAGAUGACAAAGAAGACCAGUAGGGCAGGAAGAGUAUUGUGUAUCUCAAAGGCCCAAGAGGAUGGAUGGAAGGAAAGGCUGUGGCUCCUGGAGCCCCUUCUCCCAGCUCCUCAUUUAGAGCUGCGUACCCAGCUGCCCAGGCAGCCUGCUGUGGUUACGGUUGUGGAGCCAAACUGGUAACACCCAGCACAUUCCUUGCAGGUUCUCUUACUUAAACUAAAGGUAAGAUUUAACCAUGGCUUAUGAAUGCCAUAGCCUGGAGGUAGUGGGAUAGGGUCCUUUGUAAGGAAAUAAGGAGAAGCAUACCAGAAUUCCUCAUUUCUUUCUUUUAGGCAUUUUUCUCAUAUUUAUGCAAGUUUGUGACUGAAAUGAGAAAAAUAGAAUCCAUCAAGAUAAAAGGUUCUUGGGAUGAGUCAUAUCGACUUCUUUUGGCUGAGACAAAGUGUGAGAAAAGAGAAUUUUCCACACUUCAGUUUAAUCAGAUAAUCAAACAUAAAUAUAUAUUUACACUUAAAAUGCCAAUAAUGAUUCCGUGUUCCAAGGAAACGUAAGACCUUGGAAAUCAGCUUAUGAUUUUCAAGGGACCCAUCUAUACAUUCACAUGUAACCUCCUUUAACAAAUGGGGAUACAAAGGAGAGUGUUAGCUGUUUGUAUUUGUCUUGGGACCUGCUUGCUUGUUAUUUGUGAGCAUUUUGGAGAUUUGUUGAGUACAUAUAGUUUAAGUUUCCCAUAUGAGUUCAUGUGCUGCUUCUAGGUCUUGCUCUGCCCCAGUAGGCUUCACCAGUUGAUCAUAGCCUUCAUUCCAACUGAGCCUAAAUAAACUUGAGAAACCAUUUUUGCACAGCUCUUUAUGAAGCAUUGUCCAGUUCAGUAAAUGCCAUUUCUGAUUUACAGGGUUCUUUAUUGAACCAAGAGUGAAAAUUUGGGAUUGGCCCAUUCACGUUUUCUUCUGUUCUUUACACAAGGGUAAAUUGAUGAAAUACUACUUAUAUGGUAGGUGUUCAUGUAGGUACCAAACAUAUACCAGCCUUCUUUAUAUUAGGAAUCGUGUGGGGCCCUGUGGGAUUCCAGAGAUGAAGGUAACGAGGUCCCUCUCCCUUAGAAUCAAAGGCGAGAUGAGAGAGCUUUUAAAGGGCGAUGAAAAAAAACAAGUGACUGCUUUCUUUUAAAAUAUUUUUCUGGUGCUUUUUUAGACAAAAUCUUGUCAGUAUAUCUAUUUCCCAAUAAAUAGGGCUUGUCAGUGCAAGUCCUGCAGCUCUUUUAUGUUAACCAUUUUUGAUAAAAAAUCUUUUUAAAGAGAUUGUCCCAUAUGUAAACAUAGCAAACCAAGUGUUCUUUUGCAGGCAAAAAUAUUAAAAACAAUCAUACCUGGGCCAGGCAUGGUGCCUCACGCCUACAGUCCCAGCACUUUGGGAGGCUGAGGUGGGUGGAUCAUGAGGUCAGGAGAUCGAGACCAUCCUCGCUACUUAAAAUACAAAAAAUUAGCUGGGUGUGGUGGCACGCGCCUUUAGUCUCAACUACUUGGGAGGCUGAGGCAGGAGAAUUGCUUGGACCGGGGAGGCGAAGGUUGCAGUGAGCCGAGACUGUGCCACUGCACUCCAGCCUGGGGGACAGAGUGAGACUCCUUCUCAAAAAAAAAAAAAAAAAAAAAAAAAUCACACUUUUUCUUGAUGACUCAUAA